UACACAUCAUCGUCUGAGGCCGGCCUUGCAGCCUGUAUCUCGCCGCAUAUCUCUCCCGACACCGCCGCACUCUUUCCGACGUUAACGACAAUGCUCAUUCUGAUAUCAAGUGAGGUCCGUAGAGAUUGUGCCAACAAUGAGCCGCUCUGGCGCAUGCAUUCGUCUCCUCCAGCGCCUGCCGGGCGGGGAAAUUCAGCUGGCCGGACCUUUCACCGACGACAGUGUCCCUGCUUAUGCAAUUUUGUCGCAUCGAUGGGAGAGCGACGAACAGCAAGAGGUGGACUACGAUGACAUAGUGCAGGGUCGAGGUCGCGAUAAGACGGGCUUCAAAAAAGAUUGCAUUUUGUGCCGAGCAGACAGGGAGGCAUCAGCUGGAGUAUUUCUGGGUAGACACAUGCUGCAUCAACAAGUCUCUCAAUGGCGAACAUCAAUUAGCGAUGGAGUCUAUGUUCCGCUGGUACCAACGGGCUGCGAAGUGCUAUGUAUACCUAGCCGACGUGCCGGCCGAUGCACUAACAAAACCUGACCAAAGUGAACACGACUGGGAAACCGAUUUGAUUAAGAGUCAGUGGUUCGAGAGGGGCUGGACGCUUCAAGAGCUCCUUGCACCUUCUAUAGUCGAGUUCUACUCGCGCGACCGCAGAAAGCUUGGCGACAAGCGCUCUCUACAAGAUCUCAUCCACUCUAUUACGGGAAUCUCCGUUGACGCGUUGCAAGGGCGACGCUUGACUAGCUUCAGCGAGAAAGAGCGGUUUUCGUGGAUGGAGCGCCGUAAGACAAAAUACGAAGAGGACAAAGUGUAUGCACUGCUUGGAAUCUUCGAUGUCGAACUACACAUCCAUAAGGGGCAGGGAUGGUCUAGCGCGUAUCAGACGCUUCGCCAAGCGAUCGAUGCGCAGACCCGGAUCCUCAAGGAUCUGCGAGUAACCCAUCCUUGCGACGAUAAAAUACGCAUCGAAAAAGACAAGGGUGGCUUGCUAGCGGGUGUGUGCGACUGGAUCUUUGACCAUCCAGAGUUCCAGCGCUGGCGCGAGACUACCGGUUGCCAGUCUCUAUGGCUUAAAGGUGACCCGGGAAAAGGAAAGACGAUGCUUAUCUGCAAAAUUGUUGAUGAGCUCGAAAGUAACGAGCUAAAGCAGUAUCAGUUGUGCUAUUUCUUCUGUCAAGCAACAGACACACGCAUCAACAAUGCCGUUGCCGUCUUGCGCGGCCUUCUUUACAUGCUCGUCAACCAACAGCCUUCAUUAACACGAUACGUUGAAAAGCAGCACCACCAUGCUGGACGGGCAUUGUUUGAGGACGUCAAUAAUUGGGUCGUUCUGGCGAAGCUGUUCUCUAAUAUUCUCCAAGAUCCACAGUUGAACAGCACGAUUUUUAUCAUUGAUGCGCUGGACGAGUGCACAUCGCAGCGGACAGAUCUCUUACACUUUAUCGCUUCAGUCUCAGCACAUUCACCUCGCGUGAAGUGGUUAUACUCAAGCCGUGACUGGCCGUCGAUCGAAGGGCCACUUUCCAGAGCGCGGCAAAUACUGCAUUUACGGUUAGAGCUAAACGCAGGAACGAUCGCGCACGGCGUCCGCAUUUUCAGUGAGCAGAAGGUGCAUCGACUAGCUACAGAGGAAGGCUACAGCGAACCCCUCAAGCAGGAGAUUCUUCAAUACUUUCAAGACAAUGCAGGCGACACAUUUCUGUGGGUAGCGUUGGUUUGUAAGAGUCUGUAUGCUGUUCCCCAGCGGCACGUCCGGCGGAGGCUGCACGAAUUCCCGCCGGGACUGGAUGCGCUGUACGCGCGCAUGAUGGUUCAAAUCGAGGAGUCGGAUGACAGCGAGUAUUGCAAGGCUGUGCUGGCCACUGUCGCACUCGCACUCCGACCACUCACGCUUUCCGAGCUCGGCUUCCUAGCUGACUUGCCAGAAGAGAUAACCUGCAGCAUGGAAGAUAUCGCCGACAUCGCGCGUCGCUCUGGGUGCUUUCUUACAAUGCGAGGUGACACAUGGGAAGACAAGGUGUUAUCCUUUGUACACCAAUCAGCUAAAGACUACAUCAUCGAACAAGCUAGGGACACCAUCUUUUCAGCUGGAAUGUCGAAAGAACACGAGCGACUCACCUAUAAAUGCAUUCAGCGAAUGUGUGAGCCCGGCGGCCUACGUAAAGACAUCUGCAGACUUCGAAGACCGGGCACACGACGUACCGACUGUGACUCAGUAGAGAUUGCGAAAACGAUGUCGGCCAGAGUGACUUAUACUUCCAGCUUUUGGGCAGAACACUUUAUCGCGAGUAGAGAAACUUUGGUUGACGAUGAUUACGUCCAUCGAUUUCUGCAGCAGUAUUUCCUCUAUUGGUUCGAGGCACUCAGCUGGUUGGGACAAGCAGCUAGUGCGGUCUUGUACACCGCGCGACUUCAAUCUCAGAUCAACGAGGAAGAUCGCGGUCAGCAAGUGUAUGCCUUCCUCAAUGACGCUUACCGAUUCGUUUUGAUGAAUAGCUAUGUGGCCGAUCUUGCACCUCUUCAGCUGUACUUUUCUGCACUCAUAUUUACCCCAGCGAACAGCAUUGUCCGGAACGCUUUCCUACAGCAACGUACGAACAUGUUUUCUAUGCUGCCUAAUGUAUUUCCGCAUUGGAGCGCCACACUCCAGACACUGACGGGGCACACGGACUGGGUCUCGUCGGUCACGUUCUCGGCGGACGGCACACGGCUGGCGUCGGCGUCGGACGACGGCACCGUGCGGCUCUGGGACGCGGCGACGGGGGCGCCGCUGCAGACGCUCGAGGGGCACACGGGUUCGGUCUCGUCUGUCGCGCUCUCGGCGGACGGCACGCGGAUGGCGUCGGCGUCGCACGACCACACCGUGCGGCUCUGGGACGCGGCGACGGGUGCGCCGCUACAGACGCUCGAGGGAAAGACGGAAUAUAUCAAGUUCUCGGCGGACGGCACGCUCCUACUUACCGAUUUCGGGCAGUUUGUAGUGUCCGAGAACGAAUUCUACCAGGAUCCGGAUCAUGUGCUGCUGAAGCCUAUUCCCAAUACUUUACAGAUAAGAGAGGAAUGGAUCCAGCGCAACGGUGACGACAUCCUGUGGUUGCCGCACGAUUUCCGCGGAACAUGCUCAGCAGUGUAUGGAAAGACGCUCGUCAUCGGGCAAAGCUCAGGAGCCGUGUCAUUCUUCCAAGUACAAGACGACAGCCAUGUAGAAUCGUAAGCUGAAAAUUACUGUAUUUAUUGCAACGUGUGUCAAUUAUUGUCCGGCAGCUAGUGUGUAAACCACAAGCCGUGGCCCUGGACGUAGAGAACCACAUACUAAGAGGCGCAAGAUGUGGCGCGCUCGCUAUCUAAAGCGCACUGCAUGACUCAGCGUUAGCAUCUUCGAAUCGACUUUGCUACAGACACGAACGGGAGUGCUCGGUAUCAAACACUACUCCUCGCCGUAGGAAGAGAUGCGU